UGACUACACUCUAGAUGAAUCGUUUUGGAUCGAAGAAGGUCCUGCUGAUGAAGUAGCAAGACUUCUGCGCGAGUAUACGCAAAACCAAGAGAUGGUGCGCAACAUGGACUCUCACUACUAUCAGAUUAUCUACCCGGUACAGUUGCGACAGCACAAGAAAAUGGGCAUCAGUACCAGGGAGAUAGGGUCGUCUAAGGUACGCAAAGCGAGGAGUACGCGAGGCCAGAGCGACGGUGGCGGAUACGGUGGCAGGGGACGACAGACCAAGACUGGCAAACAUUUUCAUCGCACAUCGCUUCUCAUUAAAGCCUUCAACCACAAGUUCCGUCUAGAUCUUGAGCUCAACACACAACUCAUAGCACCAAACAUAAUGCAAAAACAUUAUCUGGCCAGUGGAGCUGAACAGGUUUCAAAACAGGACAUCGAGCACUGCUACUACCACGGCAAGGUGCAGGACUAUCCAGGUGCAACGGCGGCAUUCCACACGUGCAACGGUGUGAGCGGGGUCAUCCACGUGGGCAACGAGACCUUCGUCAUUCAUCCCUUUUACGGGGGUGAUCUUUCGAAACACCCACACGUGAUCUUCGAGGCGCGAACCAAGGCGAACAAGGGCUGCGCCACCACCAGCUCGAUGGAGUGGCGCCUCAACACCAACAACUACAUGAGCGGCGGCGGGGGCGGAGGAGCCGGGGGGGCCCCGAAGAAGCGCGUGAAGCGGGACAUCCGCGAGGCCACCAAGUACAUCGAGACGGCGCUGGUCAUCGACAAGGGCAUGUUCGAGAAGCGCAACGGCAGCACCCGCAUCGAGGUGGUGCACGAUUCGAUACAAGUGGCGAACAUAGCGGACCUCUAUUUUCGGACGUUGAACACUAGGGUGUCCGUAGUGUAUAUAGAAACGUGGCAAGGCCGAAACCAAGCACAAAUAAAUCGAAACCUCGACAUCGGCAACGCCCUAUCCCUCUUCAGCGAGUACACGGCUAGGAAUCUGUUCGCCGUGGAGAAGGACACGACGCAACUUCUUUCCGGCGAGGUUUUUGUUGGUGGAGAGGCUGGCAUUGCGGUGCCGGCAACAGUGUGCACACCCAAAUCGGUGGGGAUUAGUGUGGACAUUAACACGUAUGAGCCACACUUACUGGCAGGUACUAUGGCCCAUAUGAUAGGCCACAACAUAGGAAUGGGCCACGACGACGGACGGGAAGAGUGUUUUUGCAAAGACUGGCACGGGUGCAUCAUGGCCAAGUCCAUCGUCGGACUGGACAACGUCCAACCGUACAAAUUUAGCGAGUGUAGCAUGGCAGACUACAUCGACCGACUGCGAACCGGAUCGGGAGUCUGUUUAUUAAACAAACCAAACGAGUUGCAGGAUCGUAGAACUUGUGGCAACAAUAAAAUAGAAGAAGGCGAAGAUUGCGACUGUGGCAGUAUAGAAAACUGCAAAAACAUAGAUCCCUGCUGUGAUCCCAUAACCUGUAAACUAACCAAAGAAGCUCAAUGUGCAUCCGGACCAUGCUGUGAACAAUGCAAAUUAAAGGAACCGGGAAUAAUUUGCAGGGAGGCCACAAACGAGUGCGACCUGCCUGAACAAUGUACGGGGGACACGGGCGAGUGCCCCGACGACGUGUUCAAGAAAAACGGCAGCCCCUGCGGCAAUGAGAAGGACCUGGGCAAGUGCUUCAACGGCUUCUGCCCUACCUUUACUUCCCAGUGCGAGUUCAUCUGGGGACCUGGAAGUAUAGCGGCCGCACCGGAGUGCUUCGAUAUGUUUAAUUCGAAGGGCUCGAUACACGGCCACUGCGGAAGCGACAACAUGGGCAAUUUUUUAAAAUGCACGCCGGAAAACGUGCGAUGUGGCUCUUUGCAGUGCCAACUGGGAAUGCGCCAUCCCGCUUCUGAAAGGCCCGAUCAGCAAUUCUAUCGAACGAUUACCAACAUCAAAAACGUGGAAUACGAAUGCAAAUCCACUUUAACAACCGAUGCUGAUGAUAUACCACCGCUGGGUUUAGUUCGUGAUGGCACACCCUGUGGUGACAACUUGGUAUGUUCAAACCAAUCCUGUGUUACGAUAUUUCCAUAUCUGAAGCAGGAUAAAUGUCCAUCAAAUACUAAUACUGUUGAGUGUUCUGGUCAUGGGUCAUGUACCAACGAAAACAAGUGUUACUGCGACCUGGGAUUCUCGGGUACCGACUGCUCCAUCCAAGUGGAGGUGACCCCUCCGCCACCAAUACUCACACCUCCCGCUGACAUUAAAACGACCAACCUCCAGGAGCACAUGAAGAAGAAAGAAACGCCAUACGAAGACUAUCACGGGUCGAACACGGUUUUUCUCGUGGGUAUUCUGAUGUCGGUGGUAGGGGGGGUGUUCGUAGUGUUCGCCACCAUGGCCCUCUGCUACAGGUCAGUCGUAGUACAUAGAAACUUCUCCCUCUGUCUCAGGUUAGUGAGCAGAAACCAGUCCAGGAAGACGACGGUGAGUAAGUACGAGAGGGCCUAUAGGAAACCCAUCCCGAAAAACUACAUCCUCACCUCGGGCAACCACUCGCAAGAGGACAGCCUGGACAGCGCGGGCACCACCAAAAUGAUGACGCUUGGCCCGGGCGGCAGCGUGUCGUCGUUCGGUCGAGCUGACUCGCAAAGAGUCCUCUUUCGACCAUCAAAUCACAUGGCUGCCGCUGGACCUUCAUAUCAGGACCAUAAAAUGCAACAACUUAAACGUAUGGGUGUCGGGGGAGAGGAUAUUGAAGAAAUCGGGGGUGAUGAAGAAAGAGUAUCGUUUAUAGACCUACAUAAUAAUCAUAGAAUGCCCGAAAAAAAGGGCAUUCUUAAAAAGCACGAUUACGGUCUGUUAUUGGAUGGCAAAGAAGGGUGGGGAGACGGGGCACAGGCGGAAGAUAUCUUAAGGGCAGCCGAGGCCAACAUGACUCAACUAAUCGGUGGUUCAACCGCAGAUGUCGAACGUACUCUAAAGACACUGAACGGUUAUCAUGACGACAUAGUUGAAGCCCUGCGCAAGGCCGCUGUCCAAAGAGGGAUCGCAACUCCAUCCGGCAGUACGAGCGCUUUAAGCGAGGAACUACUUCGGCGAAGUUUACAACAGUGCGCCGAAAGCUACUCCGACUUCAAAGGAAGGAGCAGCGGGCGUGGUAGCAAAGAAAACGUUUGUGAACAAGGACUUCACGAAGUAGUUAUAGAGCACGAGGAGGAAGACGAGGAUGAGGUUCCACCGUGUGGAACUUUGCGAAUUCGAAACUUAGAAGAUCUUAUACGACAGCUGGAGCAUCAUUCGCGGCACAUGAGUCCCAGUGGGUCGGAAGAUAUAAGGAUGUCCGAAACGGAAGCAGAUAGGCAUUAUCGACAAGAAUCUUCUUCAGCGUGCAGCGAGAGUUCCCACCAAUCGCACCGGGACUCCCGUUUCGGGUACGGCCGGUACCGGCAGCCCUCCGCGCGGCUGCUCUACCAACAGUCCCACCGCGACCACCGGCAGGAAGAAGAGGGCAUUUACGAGAGCGCAGACCAUGACCGGGGAACGGGCGUAUGCCAGGACACUCCCGACAGCGAGAGUGAUGAAUUUAUUCAAGCUCAACAGCAGUUAGCCCGCUGGGCCAGUGAGGACACCGUGGGCGGUCUCCCGGGCGCGUCCGGUACUGCAGGGACAGUUGCGGGUGGUGGACCGCCGCCCAGAGAGUACUUCCCCUCGCCUAGCAGUUCGACCAGCGAGGAACCGCCCAGUAUAGCAAGAGCCCCGGCACCCGGCCCGCCACACCCGCCGGCCCACCCGGACCACGCCACCAUCCACCGCCCCAAGCGCUACCCCGAAUACAAGCACUGAUAGUGGCAGAAGCAGCGCGGCGGGGCCUCCAUGGCCUCGGGUCCCCCCUGCCGGCUGCCCGACCCCUCCGACGCGGUCGUCGAAGUCGUCCGCGACGAGACGUACUCGCUGACGCGGCCCCCCGUGCCCCUCAGGGCGCUGUCGCUCCCACCGCCGCCGCCCGAACUGCC